CCAAAUUGGACCAACUCUGCUUGUAACACUUGCUCAAGGGGAAGCCCAGAAUAUGUAUGGAACCGUGAAAAGGAGAAGAAGGUUUUCUAUACUGUAGUUUAUUCUACAAGAGACAUCUGAUACCAACAAUUGUCAGUGUUGUGCAUGUGAAUCUCGUGUAAUUAUACGAUGUACGUUAAUGGAGGGCAGCUGAACAAGGUAUGACUACAUGUGAUGAAGACAGGUAAGUAAUCAGCAACACAGUAGAGGGUAUUUCGGGGUAUGCAAAGGGGCUCAAAACAGAAGUUUACUGAUGCUUGAGUGAACACUAACGAAAUAACCGUCACCUACCUACCUUUGUGGGCAAAAUUUGAACACAUGAACGCUAUACAUGGUACUUGUCGAAUACUCAAACUCGGGUCACCCAUGAGGAAGGCUGGCCAAGAAAACCUUCGAUUUCGCUAAUGAUGAAAUGCGGACCGCCUCCCCGUUAUCGCAAGAGGCGAUAAUCAAAAGAAAGAAAAAAAAAAAGUUGUUGCCGCGCAGGUUGGCGUGGUCAAUCAAACCAUCCAUCCCACAUUUAUUAUUUACAGGUAGGUACUUACUUGCCUUGCCAUACAUUACUCGACUCGGACGGAACUAUUGCGCACCCACAAUUAAAUCCCUCCCUUUCCUCUCUCUUGGAUGAAUCUCUUUGCACCCAGCUGUCUACUGCGUAUUACUUUACCUCAGGCACUCAUGAACACACACAAACACAGACACACACACACAACACCCACUUCUUCCACCCACCAUCAAACCAACAUCUCCAAAACCCACCACUAACCCCGGGACUCCCGUCUUUUAUCUCACGAGAAAAAAAUCAAAAUCAAUAUCGAAAACAAAUACCCAAACGUUUUUCAUCCAACCCCGCCUCUAGUCGAUAGGUGCAAGUGUUUAAUCCCAAGCUUGGCAACAAACAACAUCCAAAAAUUUAGCCCCGCGCAAAGCCUUGAGAUAUUAGACAGGACGAACUAUCAGCUACUUUUGCGAUCGCCACGCCGCUUGCUGGCAACGUCGCCUCUCUGUGCCUCCACUUCUCUCCUCUUCCUCUUUGGACUCUGCCUGUCCUUCGCAUUCAUCCUCACCACAAUGGGCAAGCAAGCGAACCUUUUCGCCUUUGCCGGCGUUGAUGCGCUCGCCCCCGCGCUCCGAUCCUACGUCAUCCAGUGCCAAGACGCCGGCAUAACAAGACACGACGUCUUCAAGGUCGCCGUCUCGGGCGGCUCCCUCCCCAAGACCCUGGCUCAGGCCCUCCUCGCCGCUCCCGGACCCGGCGAGCCCGCAGUGCGCUGGGACAAGUGGGAGAUAUUCUUCGCCGACGAGCGCGCCGUGCCGCUCGACCACGAGGACUCCAACUACGGCCUGCUCAAGAAGGAGCUGCUGGACAAGAUCGAGGGCCCCCAGCCGACUGUGCACGCCAUCGACACCGAGGUCCUCGGCGACACCCAGGAGCUGGCCGAUCGCUACGAGCAGACCCUGGUCCGCAGCUUCGCCAGCCGCGACAGCGUCAAGCUCCCCAUCUUCGACCUGCUGCUGCUCGGUUGCGGGCCCGACGGCCAUACCUGCAGUCUGUUCCCGGGACACGAGCUGCUGCGCGAGACGAGCGCCUGGGUUGCCCCCAUCGAGGACAGCCCCAAGCCCCCGCCACGCCGCAUCACCCUGACCCUCCCCGUGGUCACCCACAGCGUGCGCGUCGCCUUUGUCGCCACCGGCGGCGGCAAGAAGGAAAUCAUGAAGGAGAUCUUUGACCAGGAAUCGGGCCUGCCAUGCGCCCUCGUGAACCAGGGCACAGGCGACAGGUGUUCCUGGUUCGUCGACAACCCGGCCGUCGAGGGCGUUAGCUUUCCUAGGAGGAGCUUCAACUUGUAGAUGGACGUGGAGAAACUAAAAAAAGGAGAGGGGGGAUUUCUUUUUCUUCUUCUUUAUUCUUUCUAGACACAACCCAAACCCGGACGGGCAUAUAUGAUGACGACCAAUUUACCCAGCGAGAGGCGGAAUUUUGUUUGUUAUUUUUGUUUUUGCUUCUCUUUCCUUCUCUUGUCCUUUGUCAUUCUGAAGACCAGAAACCAAAAAAGGCAUUUCCAAUGGCGCUAAAGGAGGGAUGGAUCCCACGGGCAGCAUAAGGUUGACCCAUUUAUUUGACGAUAAGCAUAGUUCUGCCUUUGUUUUCUUUUGAUGACUGACGCAACCUUCUUGUUUCUAUCUCUCUCCUAUUCUUGUCACGCGGCGAGACUCGUCCCAUCAACUCUUCUCUUUGAGUCAAGUAGAGAGGUCCCUGCUUUUGAUGACAUUUCGUUGUUUGAUGCCCACAGGGAAAUGCCUUGAAAUAGAUGCAAAAGCUCCCCCAUGCAGCAGCACCCUUUUUGGACGUCCAGCUAGACGGGAGAGCGUUGUGUAAUCCUCCUUUCAUUGUAUCGGCCGUUUUCUUGUUUCUCCCCCUCGAUUCACUUCGUGACCCUCUUCUCGCGGAUAUAAAAGGCGGCCACCAAGGCAAAGACCAAAAAGAUGGCGUUGGACAUGAAGACGGCCGCGACGCCGAACCUGUAGGACUUGCGAACGACGUCUGCCAGCUGGGGCUCGAGCUGACCGAUGUAGUCGAGGCUCUCACGCACACGCUCUCCUAUUCGCAGGGCCUCGUCGCCGUCGCCGAGCUUGGCCGCCAGCUGUGUCCGCAGGGCUUGCUGCAUCACGGCCGACAUGACGCUCACGCCGAUCGAAAGCCCGAGGGAGCGGAACAGGUAAGAGCACGCUAUCACCACGGCUGCGUCCUCGGGUGCGGCGUUGGAGAUGAGGCCGACGAGUGUAGUUGUCAGACCUAUUAGUUGGAGUUGGAAUUAGUGGAUUGGUUAACGAAUCCCCAUCCCACAGCCGGGAGGCUUUUGGAGGGAGAGGAAGGGGGAAUAGGAUGCCCAUACCUGCACCAUUACCAAAGGAUGACAAGGCCAGGCCGACAGUUGUACCCACAACGGAAUCCGUCAGGAUGCCGGUACUGAGCACCAAAGGCAGGGAGCUGAGAAGCAGCGUGGCAUAUGAGACGACCGUGAGCCAGUAGUACCGACCAGUCCUCUUGAUGAUGUAUCCACUACCCAAGGAGGCAACUACGCCUGCGAUAGAGCCCGGGAUGAACAAGAGACUAGCCUCGACAACAGUCAUGCCAUAGUAAGCCUGGUACAACAGCGGGAGGUAAAACCACUUGUCCACAGAGUUCGGUCAGCACCUGGUCUCCAAACAGUCGCACCGAGUCAGAAAAGGGGUGGACGGCGGGUAACUCACCACAGGCAUUUGGCCACCGACGCCGAAAAAGUUGGCAGCAUAGCAAGCGAACAACGAUCUGUCGAAAAUGAUGUGACCGGGCGCGAAUGGGUGCGAUGCGACCUUCAUCUCGACCAGGACAAAGACGAUGAAGAGAACAGGGGCGAGGGCCAGAGAUACGAUUGUGAAUAUCUGACCCCAGCCGUUGUUGCUUCCGUAGUCCAACGCGAGGAGGAGAGAGAAGACGGCCGCGAUGAGGCAGGCGGCUCCGAGAAAGUCAAUCUUGGCGAGCUUCUCCCUCCAGUGAGCAUGUCCCAUGUCGGGUGACUUGAGGAUAAAGUAGACUGCGGCAAAGGCCGCGAGACAGAUGGGGAACUGGCCGAUGAAGGACCACCGCCAGCCGACGGAGUCGGCGAGUAGACCUCCUAUGGGGGCGCCGGUUGCUGAUCCCAUGGCGUAAACGAUGUUGAUGUAGCCCUGCCAUACUCCUCUCUCCCGUAGGGGGACCAGAUCUGUGAGUAAUAUGCUGACCACGCUGGUCAUUCCACCGCCGCCGAUGCCAGAGACUGCUCUUGCGAUGAUCAAUUCUGUGGAAGGGGAGGCAGUGAGAAACAGGUGAGUGAUGAGAGGCCCAGGGGUUAGCAUCGUAAAACAAACAGCCAUCACGAACGUCGUUGAUCAUGCAUAUUGGUUCAGUGGGCAAUAUAUCUCACGAGUCAUAUCCCGGGCAAGCCCGCAUCCAAGACAUCCCAGGCCAAAGAUGAAGUACGAAGCGAGGAGACAUUCUUUCCUCCCGAAGAUGUCGCUGAGCUUGCCGGAGAGGGGUUGGAAACUUGUGAGGGUGAGAAAGUAACUGCAGUUGGCACAAUGAAGAAUGUUUAGCAAACCGAUUACAAGACCCAUUUUUACAGUUCACCCCGCUCUUCUCUCUUUCCUCACAUCACCGGCCAUUUAUGGUCCCUUACGCAGUUGCUACCCAGGAUGUGCUGUUCAAGGCAUUGAGGUCGCUGCCAAUCUUGGCAUACGUAGCGACGGCCAGGAGCUGGUCCACGGCGCAAAGGUAAACGCCGAUGCUGAUGGCAGGCAUCAGGAGCUUCAUGUUUGGGGGAGGACCACCGGGUCUGCUGCCACCUCUCGAAGCCGACCCGUUCCCGUUCUCGUUGGCGUCGCCCCUACCACCUCCCCCGAUACUCGGGCCCGGGAGACCUGCAUCCUCGGCCGCGCUGACGACCCUCUCGAGGUCGGCGGCGAGGAUCGGCGUGGAACAUUCCGAGUCGGACGACGAGGGGCUGUGAUUAAACGUCCCGUUCACCGCAGGUUGAUCAUUUCGCAGCAGAGGGCUACGCUCGGACAGGUUAGGGUGACCGUUUUCUGUCAUUGUUGAACCUGACUUGCCCCAAGGAGUUUUCGGUAUUACUUUUUGUUGAUUUCUUUUUUUUUGAUUAAACCUUUCAGUUUCUGAGUUGUAUUUUGCUUUUAUCUAAUAAAAACAGAGAAAUUUAAAAUAAAAAAAAAACUAGGGC